AUGGCAGUGAAGGCAGCUGGCUCGGCCCUUCCUCCGAAUUUCUUCACGCCUCAUCCGAGGCGCACAAAGGGCAAGGAGAGAGCUGCCCCCGGAGGUGACUUCCCGACGUGUGUGGACGUGAGUGCAUUGAAUGCUACGAGUGUACCACCGCCCUGUGCAGGGGUCAAGCGAACAUCUUCCAUUCGCAGCAAUGUCAGUCGAAUGCGGGCGCGCCGACUAUCUACCAGGAAGACCAUGCAUGCUCCGACGCGCGACCCCCUGCCUUCAAUGAAGCCCUUCACGAGGUCUGUCGACGUGGCGCAGCGGCGCCAUGCUUCGAGCCUCCCGGAACCCCUCGGAGCUUCCGGGUCGUCCGCGCCAGCGUGGCAAAAGGAUCGAUGGCACAAGUCAAUACGGGACUAUUCCCUAGGGCGCACAUCUGACCUGGAGGAAGCCUGGAGUGCUUUCGAAGAUCUCUGCCGAAGCGACGGCUGUGAAUCUCUGGAGGUGCAUGACAUGCUUGACUUCGCGUCCCGGAUAGUCGCCGCGGCCGGGGACCGCCACCUCGAUAGCAUUUCCCCACAGUCGUUGCACCAGACAGCGACAAGGCUGACUGCGAUCCUUCAGCCGUUGUCUUCCAGAGUGACAAACGAGUCGUCGGUCGUAGAUAGGCUACGCCAGCGCUGCCUGGUGAUCGCCAGCGCCGCCAUGGAAGAGUCGUUUGAAGUCGCGAACGAAAGGCUGCGCGAACUGCUCACGGUAUCAGUCGACGCCAGACAUCAUCAGUAUGUUGCCCGGAUGCUCGCUGCCUAUGUCACUUCCGUCUACGUUCACCACUCCGCUCUGUCUGUCCUUGAAGUCCUACUGCAACAUUGGGCCGGUAUCAGCACGUAUCUUGUGCGGUGGAUUCCCGCUGGACAUGUUGCAACAGCGGUACGGAAACUUCGAAUACGGGUUGCCGACGUCGUAACUCGCGUGGACAAGCCUUCGCUAGUCCUUGCCGAGUGGAAACUCCGUAUGGACCAAGGCCAGCAGCGGCAAGUCGGGGAGUAUCUCAUAAUCAUGUUCUGUCGGAGGGCCGUGGGUGAUAUAGCCUUGGAUAUCCUGGAAGCCAUGAAGGUGGAGAAGCUAGGUGUCAAGGUGGAGUUGCAGCUUGACAUCGUCAAGGCACUUGUCAAGAACGACUUGUUCGAGCAGGCCAACAUACUCUUCGCGUCUCUGGCGGAGUUCAUGGGCACGGGCAAGUCCUUUGACGUGUAUCAGGAGGUCGGCUUAUACCUCUUUGCCCACCAGGGCGACGUUCUACGCGCACAAGAGUACUACGGCCGCCUCGCACAACGGGACCGAGUCACCACGGGUCACAGAGCAUUGGUGCUGCAUGCGCACGCUGUUAGCGGCGACGCCAACCGCGUCACGGAGCUCUUCUACCACUUCUUCCCUCCGGUAACCUCAUCAGCCUCAGCAGAGCCACCAAACAUCUUUCAUUACACCGCCGUCAUACUCGCCUACGCAAAGAAGGGAGACCUCGUCGGCAUGAACACCUGGCUUACGAGCAUGAGCAAGGCAGGGAUCUCACCAGACGCCCACGUAUACAACAUCAUCCUCAAGAGCUUGGCGCAGCGGGGAGACAUCCACCACGUAGCCGAAAUCAUGAGCCAGAUGCGUGCAGCGGGCGUUCGUCCCGAGCGGCACGCCUAUACGACUGUCAUUGCUGUCCUCGCUGAACGGAAGGACGUCCUGGCCGCCGAGGAUAUCUACAAACGAGCCAUCGACGACGGGAUCAUCCCCGACAGAAAGAUGAUCUCGACACUGAUGCACGUCUACGUGCAGGCCGGUGAUUGGCAAGGCGUCAUCCGUACCUUCGACUACCUGAAGCUCUCCGGCCGCCGUGGCAUACGCCUGAGCAUCGAGGUCUACAACACCCUUCUCAAGGCCUAUGUCCUGAUCGGCGCACCCUUCCGCAUUGUCGCGAAUCUCUUCCAGAGGAUGGAGCAGACAGGCAUGCGGCCGGACGCGCACACUUUCGCCCUGCUCAUCCAGUCUGCGUGUGACUCUGGCCUUAUGUGGAUUGCGAAAGACCUUCUAGACGAGAUGAUCAGGCUCUCUAAGGACUGGCAGACGCAUAUGCACACCAACAUCUACGUGCUCACCAUCAUGAUGGCUGGCUGGCUCCGAGCGGGGAACAGGGAUCGGGCAAGGCGGACAUACGCGACCAUGCGGAAGCGCGGCAUUCAGCCGAGCGCGAAGACCUACGCUGCCAUCGUGAAGGAGUACGCGAAAGACAAGAGCGGCGCCGGCUUGCAGAUCGCUCAGGAGUUCAUCCGCAACCUCACGACGGCGGAUCCGGAGCUCCAGCUGUGGACGGAAAGUAGCCCCAGUAGGGAGGACGCACUCAACACGCUUUUCGUACCACUAUUGUCUGCGUACGCUCAUCGCGAACGACCAGAAGUCGUGGAAGACCUUGUCGCUCAGAUGGGCCAGGUGGGCGGCUCGCAGCCUCUGGGGACCCUCACCCACUUGCUAGAUGCGUACCGGCGCGUUGGAGAUGGCAAGGCCGUCCGAGACCUGUGGCCCCGCAUCUAUGAGGAGGCUUUGAGGCACGCUGGAGCCAAUGCCUUACUCAAAGACACCGAGGAGGAUAGUCGACCCGACUUCCGUGGGCUUGGAUUCGCUCUAUGUGUCCCACUAUCCAUCUACGUUGACGCUAUGUCGGCUGCAGGUUUUCAUGCUGAGGUCGCGCAGACCUGGGCGCAGCUGCAGAAGACCAAGCUUGCGUUCGACUCGCACAACUGGAACCAUCUUGCGGUGGCUCUCGUCCGCGCUGGCGAACCCGAGCGAGCGUUCCAGAUAGUCGAGAAAGUGAUCAUGCCCACCCGGCGACGCUUGAUUGCCUCCUUUACCGUAAAUCGCGAUCGCAACCCAGCCUCUCCUAUCCGCGAAACACCAGUCGAUGAGGGUUUGGAAGAGGAUGAACAGGAGUUUGUCGAUGGCGCAGACUCCGCGGGCGAGCUCACGGAUCCGGAGACACUUACCAUACCGCCCGAAAAGCCGCUCAACUUGGAUCGCAGGGCGCUCGCGGUGAGGAGAGCCACGCAAAAGGCCGGUGAAGACUUAGAGAGCCGCCAAGAGGAUUUCGUGCAUGGCCUGCAUAUCCUCCAUCAGCUGUCACCGAUGUGGAACAACUGGCGGCCCCACACAAUUGUCCUGGCCAUGCUAACCAAUGUUUUGCAUCACCUGUCGCGCGGCAGACUAGUCCAGCCUGUGCGCCCCGCGAACUCAGAGCCCGACCCUUUCCCCACGAUGCAGGAAAUCGGGCGACGAAGAGCUCUCGCCUCGCAGAUUCUCCAGCGUAUCCAUGAAACAUGCCCAGAGACGGUCCGUUUACUGGAGAGCAACACGACUCGGCGCAAGACACCGAGGAUGAGGGCGAUGGAGAAUCAGAUCCGGCGUAAUAGCGCGAUGAAUUACUAG